GCACUGUUCUCACUGGCUUUGGUUUUGAUCAUAAUGUAUUUUUUACCUCCUGCAGUGGUAAAAAUAAUCCAUUUAUAACAGCGCAGUUUCAUAUUCUGACUGUGAAAUUGUACCGUGGUGCGUGACUGAAACCGCUACAUUUUCAGGGAAUUCUUGCUUACACACAACAUACCGGACUGUGCUACCCAGCUGACUGUCCGGAUCCUGCGUUUCUUAACUCUACAGUGCAUGGAAGUACCCCAUAUUGAGGAAGUUCCACUUUUAAGAAAUAAAAUAUUUGAUUUUCUUUCAGAAACGCCAUAUACACUCAGUUGUGACAACACCCACAUCAUGAGAUUGUGCCAAAAAAUCAAUUCACAUAAGAAUCACAGCUCUCAUUUGCUAUGUUUCAGAAUCGAUUUAAGGUGUCCCAAAAUUGAUUUUUUUUAAAUGUGUUGGCGGUCCGCCAUUUUGUAAUGUGCAACGUCCUGACACUAAUGCUAAAGAGUUUUUUUCGGAUUUUACUGAAGCACUGACGCAAACGCUGUGCAAGCAAGAUCCUUUUUCCUAGUGGUUAGCCAAAGAAGAACGACAAACAUUGCUAAAAAUUGAAAUAGUGUCUCCAUUUUUCUGCUCAAUUACUCCAUCUGUUUUACAAUAUUUAUGUAGCAUGGACUGUCAAGAGGUUAGACGCAGAUUUUUGUUGCUUUUGUUGCUGGCUGCGGGGUUGUGAUGAAUUCCACUACCUUCCUGUAGCUGUAAAAGCAGCGUCCUUCUGCUGUGUUCUCCACAUGAUCAUGACUGGAAUGACAUAUUGCACCGUCAGAUCCAGCAUGCUCAUGACAUGACUCCCCAAUACACACUUGCAUACAUUCUAUCUUGCCGCCUGACACCAUUUUGCUCUCGAACAAUCUUGCUAAUUAUAAUUGUUAAUUAAUUAUAUCGCAGCACCCUCAACAGGAGACCAACCUACAUUUUCAUUAAUUAGACCUUCAACCCUCUGCUCCGUCUCUCCAUCCCACUCCAAUCCAGCCCUCCAUCCCUCGCUGCCUUCAUGCUGCCACUAGUGAAAUGUUCGGUGGUGACAUGUUCAUGCUAGCAGUACCCUGUGGAAACACUUGCCAGAAUCUCAUCCUUAUGUCGAUAAUGUGCUUCUCAGUUCGUGAAGGAUGGGAUGUGUUGUCCAGGUUGUAGCUGACGUCCUUUCCUAGGUGGAGGAGUUGAAGGAGCAUCACAAGGACACUGCAUGGUCCUAGUGUCUUCUUGAGGACUUCAUGAUUAUUGUCAUUUAUGAACUUAACUUACACUGGACAUGUUUGUAUCGCGUUAUGUUUUAAUCCAUCUAGCAAGCUUCAUCAGCUGCAUGUCUGCUGUGUUGCUGAAUAAUUUCAGCUCAGCUCUGAACAAGCAGUGAGGGAAGUGCAGCACUGGAAUAGAACAAAAGCACCCAGUUCAGGAGAAAGCAAUCUGAUAAUGCUGUCACAUUUCGCUGAAUUCUAAGUAAAUAAAACAAAUGAGCAUUACUCUAUCUUCACCUUAGAUUUUUUUGCCGUUUAUAUACACUGUUUGUUUGUGACCAAAUAAAACUUGACUUCAUUGUUGAGCUUGUUUCUGAUCAUUGUGUUAAAUUAGUUUGUAAUUUAAUCUCAAACAAACCUCAGGGAAAUUGUGGAUGGAUUUAGUUCGACCUUUAAACCUCUUAAAACCCAAGCUUUUUGAAUUGUUUUGCUUUUUGUUAUUUGAGAUAGGAAUUAGUCAUAACUAAAUGUUUAAAUGUUCUUGUUUGAGUACAAUUAUUAUUCACAAUGUUGUUAUCAAUAUGCCAGAUUUACAUGUUAUAUGAAGCUGGAGACUUUACUGCACAUAUUGCAUGUACAGAAAGAUUUGUUCCCAAAACUUGAACAGAAAGUUCUAUCCUGUUCUGUUUCUGUUUCCUUGUUUUCUCCAGCUCUCCGAGCGACACAGCUGGCGUUCGCCUGCUAAUCAGGUCUUCACAGAUAUCAACACCAGCUUGUGUCGCCAGAUGGUUACUUCGUGUUCCUAGGGUAAACUCUUCCAAGACUUCACUCUCUCGUUUUGCUUCUCUGAAUAUUCUAAAUUCUGUGCACGCUUCAUCCCCUUUUCAGCUGCCUCCUCAGUUCUUGUUCUUCUUGCUUUGUUUCCGUUUUCACGGCUCUUCUCCGGUCGAUCCGCGUGUGAGUGUUUUGUAAAUCUCACUUUUGUUUUCUGAUAGAAAUCGUUAUUUCCUUGAGUAUGUGUGUGUUUUCCACCGCUGAGCAUUUUCUGUUGAUUGGACCUUGCGAGUUGAUUUUUGAGUGCUUUCGCCUCUUUUUUGUUCCAGGUUUUUCCCCAGCCUUGUAUUUCAAUGUCCGUGUUCUGAUCUGGCAUUCGGCAUACAACUUCGUUGUUGUUUACUAAAUCAUUGUUUAUUUAACCUCGUCUCCGAGCCUUCUGUCAGCCAGCACACAUUGAACCUGGGUCUGAUCACAUAGACAGCCAUGACAGUUUCUUCCUUCUUUUAUCUCACUGAAAUGGCUCUAAUGUUGUUGUCGCACUACAAGAUGGUGGAGUCACCGUCCGUAAAUGGUGCCAGUUGAUCAACGAUUUAAAAAACAAACUACCAUUGUAGUGAAAGACAAACAUGUCACAUAUCUGUAGGAGGGGAAUCCAGGAGGUUAAAAUGCAUGUGCUACAAUAUGCAGCUAACUGAAAAUGAUAUAGAGCACUGCACUGUUUCUGUUCCCUUCCUAUGAAUCCUCAGCUCUCUUGUGAUGUAUGCUAAGUUCAUGUCAUACAUGACUGCCCAGGUAUUUUGUGUGAACUGGUGUACCAGCCACCACUGGCACAUGCCCUAGAAAUUCAGUGUGUGCGUGUCCAUGUCAACACACAUGAGGCAUACAGGUCCCCACAUCCUGGUUCAAUUGACUCUGGGGCCAUUCUCCUUCCCAUCCUUCUCUCAGAGCACUCACUCCUUAAUGUUUUUGUCAAGCCUGCUGAUUCUCCAGAUGUCUUCUUGAUCGCAUUUUGAACAUGUUGAACAAACGGCUUUCACAAACUCCAUCUCUGAUGCUGUUUGUUUUUCUCCUUCGCGUCUGGAUUUUCUCUGUCUGGCACUUGUGGAGUGAGACAGUUGGUAUUUGUUUGUCCACACUGUAUAUGUGGUGGCAAGAUGGCAGCUUCUGUCUAACCCGUCUCCCAUCCUGUGGCUCCCUCACCCUCUCCUGAGAGAAGUAACCCAGAUUUCAAGACCAAUCGCCGCCCAUUCCCCUCAUUCUUGCUUUUUUCUCUUGGUAUCUGCCUCUUUCUACAUCUUUUUUUCUCAUACACAGCACUACUUUUUGUCCGAAUCAAUCUUGGAAGGAGAAUUCCUCCUCCCAACUCAUCGUCCUCCUCCUCACACUGCAUUUGUGUUAUCGGAUAUUUACCAGUUUGGUUUAGACUUCUCUUCACAUUUGCACCCUUUUUUUUCCUUUUGUCUUUUUUCCCUCGCUUUCCUUUUACUCUUUUGCAGCAGGUGAGACACCUCACUGAACCUUUUCUGGGACGAACACGACUUACUGUCCUCAAGCCAGCUUUUCCAGUAAAACUCAAUUGAAUCCAGGUCUUCCUCCUCUUCAACUCUAUAGCCUCCCCACUGACAUUCAUCCCCAUAACUCCUCUCCUUUCCCUUCAGGCACCAUGUCCACCCCUGUCUCCCCUUCCCCCACACUCUCUCCAAUGGCACUGGCCUCCCCGACAUCAGCCACCUCCCCAGGUGUUUCCUCUCUGCCCUCGCCUCUCUCCCCUCCACCCAGGGUUCCAGUGUUCCAGAGGAAGGGGGCACUCAAGCACAAGAGGAUUGUGGAAGUUAAAGAUCACCAGUUCACAGCCCGCUUCUUCAAACAGCCGACCUUCUGCAGCCACUGCACGGACUUCAUCUGGGGCAUCGGUAAACAAGGAUUCCAAUGUCAAGUUUGCAGUUUUGUGGUCCACAAAAGAUGCCACGAGUUUGUGACCUUCACUUGUCCAGGCUCAGUGACCGCCACACUACCAGACGACCUGAAAAGUCGACACUCAUUCAAAGUGCACACCUACUCCAGUCCCACCUUCUGUGACCACUGUGGCUCCCUGCUCUAUGGCCUUAUACACCAGGGCAUGAAAUGUGCUUGUUGUGAUAUGAAUGUCCAUCGACGAUGUGAGACCAGUGUUCCCAGUCUUUGUGGCCAGGACCACACAGAGAAAAGAGGCAGAAUCCACUUGACCAUCAGAGGCGAGAAAGAGGACGUCUAUGUCACAGUUGGCGAGGCGCGCAACCUGAUGCCCAUGGAUCCAAAUGGCCUGUCAGACCCUUAUGUUAAACUCAAAUUGAUUCCAGAUCCAAAGAGCCACAGCAAACAAAAGACAAAGACAAUCCGCUCAACCCUCAAUCCUGUAUGGAAUGAAAGUUUUACCUUCUCAGUGCGUGGUCACCAGUGGGAUCGACGUCUAUCUGUGGAGGUGUGGGACUGGGACCGCACGUCACGUAAUGAUUUCAUGGGAGCAUUGUCAUUCGGUGUUAGCGAAAUCUUCCGACGUCCCAUCAGUGGCUGGUUUAAGUUGCUGGCCCAAGAUGAAGGAGAAUAUUACAACAUCCCUGUGCCUGAUCCUGAUCUCCAGGAACCUCAGCCAGAUGCUACAAAACCCUCACUGCCGCAGGUCAUGCCCUCCACCCUGUCGGAACCCUUUCCAUCUGUCAGAUCUCCCACCCCUGUACCAUGCUGUAUCCAGGUCCACAACCAGGGCCCGAUGAAAGCUAGAGUUGGCAUCCAUGACUUCAACUUCCUCAUGGUGCUUGGUAAAGGCAGUUUUGGGAAGGUGCUGCUUGCAGAAGAGCGAGGCAGUGAGCGUCUGUUCGCAGUGAAGGUGUUGAAGAAAGAUGUUCUCUUCCAAGACGAGGACACGGAGAGUGCACUGGUGGAGAGACGAGUUUUGGCCCUGUCCUCUCGUCCUCACUUCCUCACCUCACUCUACUGCGCCUUCCAGUCUGAGGACCGCCUGUAUUAUGUGAUGGAGUAUGUGAAUGGAGGUGACCUGAUGUUCCACAUUCAGAUCGUUGGGAAGUUCAAAGAGCCUCACGCAGCGUUUUAUGCGGCUGAGAUAGCGGUGGGCCUCUUCUUCCUCCACAGCAAAGGCAUCAUCUACAGGGACCUGAAGCUGGAUAACGUGCUGCUGGACAGUGAGGGACACAUAAAGAUAGCUGAUUUUGGGAUGUGCAGAGAGGGAAUGUUUGGAGGGGAUGUCACGCAUACAUUCUGUGGGACACCAGACUACAUCGCCCCUGAGAUUGUGGCGUAUCAGCCCUACAACAAAGCAGUGGACUGGUGGUCAUAUGGAGUUCUGCUGUAUGAGAUGCUGGCAGGACAGCCACCGUUCGAUGGGAUUGAUGAGGAGGAACUUUUUCAGUCCAUUAUGGAGCAGAGCGUCUCAUACCCAAAAAGUCUCUCACGUGAAGCUGUCGCCAUAUGCAAAGGUCUGCUAACAAAACACCCGGCCAAGCGCCUGGGAGGAGGGGAGGACGCAGAGAGAGAGAUCAGGGAGCAUCCGUUCUUCCGGUGGAUUGACUGGGAUCGUCUGGAGCGACUGGAGCUGCCACCACCCUUCCAACCCAGAACUGGUGGAAGGAAAGGAGAAAACUUUGACCAGUUCUUCACAGCAGCUCCAUCAGCAUUAACCCCGUCUGACCCAGAUGUGCUUGCUGCCAUCAACCAAGAAGACUUCCAGGGCUUCACUUUUAUCAACCCUGACUUUGAACCUUCUCCUCUCACUGCCAUUUGAAGAUGGCCUUCCUUUCCAUUACCCAUAUAGCACUCCAAACUAGUGGUAGUUUUAUAUCAGUCAGUGAGCACUAGCACCAAUUCUGAAGUUUGCACGCAAAGGGCAAGUGUUUUGAUCUGUCACUUAGAAAGAGCAAUA